CAUAAACUGCAAAAAUUUAAAAAGAAAGCAUCUGCAUAAAUACCGAAGGAGAAGAACAAAGCAGACAAAUUAUAUGGAAGAUAUGGAGAAUAAUCGCAUCAGCCGACUGGUUAGGGUUUAAAAAUGUGAAGCUUUAAAUUCGCACACAUCUUUCCUGCAUCUCAUAUUCAGGUUGCUUCAAAAAUCACAAAUGCAAAGAAAAAGAAAAAAAAUUCUUUGGCUUUGAUAAGAUAUGGAGGAUAAUCGCCUCAGCCGACAGGUUAGGGUUUAAGAAAGUGAAGCUUUUAAACUCACGCACAUCUUUCCUAUCAUCUCCAUAUGAAGGUUGCUUCAAAAAUCUCAAAUACAAAGAAAGCAAAAGAAUUUCAUGUGCUCUGAUAAGAUUACUCUCUGAGUGACUCAAAAUUUCCUCUUCUAUAAUGGGCCUCCGGCGAUUUCUCACGCGCCGGAAAAAAUCGCCGAAAGAUCAUGCCUGUCUGAGCAACGAUUUCCCGACCGAUUGUCCGUUGCCAAGCACCGCAGAGCUGGAGAAUGUGUUCAACAAAUUUGACGCGAACGGCGACGGAAAAAUAUCGGUGUCGGAGUUGGGCGACGUUAUGCGAUCGCUAGGCAACGAUCCGACGGACGACGAGCUACGGUUGAUAAUGGCGGAGGCGGAUUUGGAUGGAGAUGGCUUUUUGAACUUGCCGGAAUUCAUGGCGCUUAAUACGGAGGGCGUUGACAGCGUGGCAAGGCUGCGUGACCUGGCAAAUGCUUUUAACAUGUUCGACAUGGAUGGGAGUGGGUUUAUUUCUGCUGCUGAGCUCCACGUUGUGCUUGGGAAAUUGGGAGAAAGUUGCAGUUUGGAUGAGUGUCGGCGUAUGAUUGGACGCGUCGAUGCUGACGGGGAUGGCCAGGUCAGCUACAACGAGUUCUUGGCCAUGAUGAAUGCUCCUUGUUAAUAUCAUCAUCCACUUUGUUUUAGGACAAAGGUGUAAACCUACUUCGAGGGCAAACAAUUUGUUUGGGUCUAUUUUUUAAUAAUUUUUGAAUUCAAUAUUUGAACUAGAUUUAAUUGGCAA